AUGGAGGAGAGUAAGACAAAAAGAAAAGAGGAUCGCAUAGAUUUGAAGAAUACACCGCCUCAGAAGAAGUCAAAAAGAGAUUCAACAAAUGACGAAACUGCACGCACAUCACUACGUUCAAUCAUGCCCAGGGGUUAUAAAAUGAUGGAAAACAUGGGUUACAAAGAAGGAGAAACAUUAGGUAGUAAUGAAAGUGCCCUAAAAGAGCCUAUUAAGGUAGAAAUCAAUACAAAAAGGAGGGGAAUUCGUGCAGAAAAGCCCGACCCAUCAACAAUGAAUGACAUGCAGAUGAGUGAACAACGAUUUAUAAAAAGAGAAAGUGAAAUGAAAAAUAAUAAGCGGUUAAAAAAAAUUUGGUAUAGGAUCCAAAAAGUUGCUUUUGAAAUGAUGGGUGAUUCCGAUUUAUACAAUCCAGGCGAAGAUCCGAGAGACUUUAACGUACUUUGGAGAUCUUACGUUAUGCAACUAAAUGAGGAAGUAGCAAAAAAUGACCUAAAUAAUCACAGUAACAAUGAUAAUGAAGAUAAGAAUAAUAUGAUACCAAUGGUAAAUGAAAGUUUGGAGGCUUCGCCUGCAAUAAAAGGUGAAAAGUUUGGACGUCCUUCUACAUUAAUAGAUUGUGAUACUUCAAUUAUCGGUAGUCGCAUUACAAAAGACACAGAACUUGCUGAAUUAGAAGAAUUGAGCAUUGAAAAAAGAAUAACAAAAUUGAAUAUAUUCCUGAGGUCCGAGAAGUACUACUGUUUUUUUUGCGGAAUCAAGUAUAAGGAUGAAGGUGAUCUCUACGAGCAUUGCCCAGGAGUGAAUGAAGACGACCACAAAUGA